AUGGCCUUCGCCUCCUACUCCCCGCACCGCGAGGGCGGUACAAUGCACUUGGACCUACCUUCACCUACCUACCGCCUGGACGGCACCCACUUUGCGCACCUCCAGCAGCUGCGCCGUUCUCUGUCGCGCUCACCUUCGAAACCCUCGCGUUUCCAAUUGCACAAAUCGGACUCACCGCGCUCCCCCAUCUCACCACUAGCACUCGCGCGCGCUUUCAGCCCUAAGGCGCACAAGCCAGCAAGUCCUACCAAGACAUAUCCUGAGUCACCCCUGGGACAGUCCGUGCCUCCCAAGAAGAAGUUCACUCUGCGACGAUCGACAGCAAAUUUCAAGGCCUCCCCGCGGACGCGACAGAACUCGAAAAGUCCGCGUCGCAACGUUCUCGGCGACUCACCCACAGGAGGAAACACAGCAACACCCUUCUACACGCGCAUCGCCUAUGGUCAAGAGAACGACACACCCGCGCGCCCCUCCAGCUCAGAAUCCCUUGAGAGCAUGGACACUGACUGCAGGAAAUUUGGCUUGAACGAUAAGCCGAUCAAGUUUGAGUUUGCGCAGCGUCGCCCAGAUCUCUCGCCUGGCGCCCCCGUCAAGUCGAGUCCCCUUAAGCGCAACGAUGGGGUCAUGAACUUAAGCGGGACCCCGACUGGCUUCAGCCCGGUCGCGAAAAGGCGGAGUCUGCACAGUGUCGCUAAUCUCAGCAACGACUUCGAGAGCAUUUUUGGCGACGCGCGCAAUAAUGCAGUCCAGUCGCCAAUGGAGAACGAGGAGACCAGAGACGAAUUCGACUUCUCCACACCUUUGACAUUGCAAUCGCCUAUGCGUAGGGCGACAUCACUACGGAAAUCGACGGUGAUGCAGCGGAAUGCGAACUCGCCAAAGCCAAAACCAGCUUACGACGGCGAGUUCGCGAUGCCUGGCCUCGCAGCUUCCAAGUCAAGGAAUCGGAUGUCGCUUGACGGCGCCAUCGGGCAAAGUACGACCCCUACGCAGACCCCUUUCCGUAAAUCUACUUUCGAUGCGGGGCGCAUGGGUUUGCCUACACCUUUCGCUCGCAGCACUGCCGGCGCAUCGCAAACACCCCACCCACUAUCGCAUACGCAGACCGCGCACACUCCAGCUUCAACUAUGUCAAGCGUCGGCGGAUUUACUCCCAUGGCACCACCACGGGCACCUCACUUCGCCGCCCCACCUAGUCGGCAAAACCAGAGUCAUCAAUUUUCACGGUCUCUGCCAAUCGGCGUACCGCGUCCACACGCACCGGAAGGGGAGCACGACUCGUUUGACACACCAUUCAAGCCUGUGCAGCAAGCUCCAGGGCCAUUCUCCACUGGUCUCAUUUCGAAGAAGAAUCGAAAUGCGGACGAGGGCGCUGCCAACGUGUAUGUUAUGCCUGACACACCGUCCAAGAGGCAGUCGUACCCUCCAGCACAGGCAGACAAGACCGACGUUAUUGACACUCCUCUUGUCAAGCGAGGUGGAAGCCUAUUCGGUGACUGGAACAGGCCACAGCCUCAGUUCGGCACCACAAGCACACCCUUCAGCGCACAUGUUUCCAAAUUCUCUACCGAGUCCUUCGGCAAGGGCACCAGCGUCUUUGGCAAUAUGGCCGGGUCUCUUGGACGUCGCGGCAGCAUCAUCAGCGUAGAUGGUGACGAUGACCUUCCUGAUAGCCAGUCACCGACUGCCAACCGUACUAUGGUUGAUAGCAUGGCCGACAACGAUACAAGCAUAGACGACAUGCCACCAACCCCUACGAAGGGACAUGGUGCAUCGAGUCGCCGUUCUAAGGAGAGCAGCCUGAGGCGCAAGACUUUCCGUUCGCGACCUUCUAUUGGCAACGACACCUUCGCGGCACCAGAGACCUUUAACGAGUUCAAUUGUAAGUCUAAGCCCAAGUUCAGCACAACUACAGCAGCUUCGCACGAGAAGAGUACAUCACUACCUUGUGAAUGUCUCGAUCUGGCGGAUCGCGACACUCCUGUACAAGCUUCUCUUGCUCGAACUAGGUAUUUGCGGCGCACCAAGUCACUUGGCCGCCCAUCUCCGCUUUCGCAACAGAUACUUCGUACUUCCACUCCUCUUCCUAAUACUGCGACAAGUUCUAAACAACCUGCAGCAUCCAUAAUCUCGUUCGGUUCUUCAUCGCCAGGGUCUCCGGACCUAGAUUCGUCCUACCAGCCAAAUGAGCAUAAUCGGCUGUCCAUCGGAGGUAACAGGCGCGGCUCGAUGAACUUCAACAGCAGCGUCAGCACCUUUCCGCCAGCCACACCGACCACACCACGCGACCACUCUGUCUUCUUCGCUGAGAACAAGGGUGCCAUUCCUAUUGGCCUCACCAAGAACGAUGUCGACGAGGCAAUCGGCUCGCGCUUCCACGAAGUCAAGGAACUUGAUGGAGGCGAGGGUGAAUUCUCCAAGGUCUACCGCGUCAGCCAGCCUGUGCAGGGCUCAGCAACACACUCUCCAGCUGGGAGCCAGGUAUGGGUCGUCAAGAAGUCAAAGAAGCAAUACACAGGCAAGGGCGACCGCGACCGCAAGAUGCGUGAAGUUGAAAUCCUUUAUGCACUUCGCGGCAACGAUCAUGUCUUGAACGUGAGCGACCAUUGGGAGGCGAAUGCACAUUUAUACAUCCAGACCGAGUACUGCGAAGGUGGCAACCUACGCCGCUUCCUCGACACUGUUGGAUACAGCAGCCGUCUCGAUGAUUUCCGCAUCUGGAAGAUUCUGCUGGAAUUGUCACAGGGCCUCACCUUCAUUCACAACUCUGGAUACAUCCACCUCGAUCUGAAGCCCGCUAAUAUUCUCAUCGAUUUUGGAGGUUCGCUCAAGAUUGCCGACUUCGGUCUCGCCAGCUCUUGGCCUGCACCAAAGGGCAUCGAUGGUGAGGGCGAUCGCCACUACCUUGCACCAGAGGCUCUAUCCGGUCGCUUUGACAAGCCCGCCGAUGUCUUCGCACUCGGCAUGAUGUUAACCGAGAUUGCUGGCAACUGUGUCAUUCCAGAGAACGGCACCUACUGGACAAAGCUGCGAUCUGGCGAGUUCGAGCACGUACUGCCGAGCUUGACUUGGAGCGCCGACAGCAGCACAUUGAGCCGUGAUGGUAAUGGCGACCCCAUUCCCGAGAACUCGAUCGACGGCUUCCUCAUGUCGGAUGAGCCUCAGAUGGUCCAAGUACGAUCAGCCUCAAGUCCAGAGGAGGAACUCGCUCGUGCCCCGAAGUUCAUGGUCGACUAUACCGACACCAACACCAUGGACCAGGUCGUCAAGGCCAUGCUUCACCCCGACCCAGACGCGCGACCGACAGCUGAGCAGGUCCUGCAAUGCUUUGGUUGCCAGUGGGUCGACCAGAGAAGGCGAGCAGGAGCCACCGUAUACGAGGGAAACUUCGGGCCCGGCCUGGAUGUGCUGGCCACAUACGCGCUCGACGAUGCCGAUGCCGACAUGAUGGACAUGAGCUGA